GUCCGAAAAGUGGGUUAACAUUACAGACGGGCUCCCUAUGUUCCCUGAGUUAGCGGACCGAAGAAGGCAAAUAAAUGCAUUUAGAGUGACAUAUAUUUAAUUUAUUUUGUUUGUAUUAGUAUUGUGUCGCUACUUUAGUUGAAGAGAAAAUGCGGCUUUUUUGCAAUGUCUUUUCUCUUUUGAGGGUCUUACUUCUUCUUAGUGGAAGCUUGCAUACCGCUUCAAGUUUCUAUCUUCCGGGUUUGGCUCCUGUCAGUUUCUGUGAGAAAAAUCCAGCUGGAAAAGAACAAGAAGUACCGGACUGUAGGUCUGAAAUCGAGCUGUUUGUGAACAGACUGGAUUCCGUGGAGUCAGUUCUACCCUAUGAAUACACUGCGUUUGAUUUCUGCUCCAUUGAAUCAGAAAAACGCCCCUCUGAAAAUUUGGGUCAGGUUUUAUUUGGUGAACGAAUUGAGCCAUCUCCGUAUAAGUUUGAGUUUAAGAAGAAAGAAGAAUGUAAACAUGUCUGUACAAAAACGUAUAAUACGAACAAACCAGAAGAUAAAGCAAAGCUGGAAUUCCUGAAGAAAGGCAUGCUGCUCAACUACCAGCAUCACUGGAUUGUGGAUAACAUGCCUGUUACAUGGUGUUAUGAUGUGGAGGAUGGACAGAAGUUCUGUAAUCCUGGCUUCCCCAUUGGCUGCUACGUGACUGAGGGGGGUCGGCCCAAAGACGCAUGUGUCGUCAAUUCUGAAUUCAAUGACAAAGACACCUUCUACAUCUUCAACCACGUUGAUAUCACCAUCUUUUACCACGUGGUGGAGAAUGAAGCUGCAGGGGCUAGAUUGGUCGCCGCUAAAAUGGAGCCCAAAAGCUACAAACAUGCAAAAGUCGACAGCCCAGACUGCUCAGGUGCUCCCAUGGACUUGAGCAAAAAAUUUACCGGAGAGCUGAAAAUUCCCUACACCUACUCCAUCCAGUUUAUGGAGGAUAAGCAUAUCCGCUGGGCCUCGCGCUGGGACUACAUCCUGGAGUCCAUGCCUCACACCAACAUCCAGUGGUUCAGCAUAAUGAACUCCCUGGUCAUCGUCCUCUUCCUCUCCGGCAUGGUGGCCAUGAUCAUGCUCAGGACCCUGCACAAAGACAUCGCCCGCUAUAACCAGAUGGACUCGGUGGAGGAUGCCCAGGAGGAAUUCGGCUGGAAGCUGGUGCACGGCGACGUCUUCAGGCCGCCGAGGAAGGGCAUGCUGCUGUCCGUCUUCCUGGGGUCGGGGACGCAGAUCUUCAUCAUGACCUUCGUCACCCUCUUCUUCGCCUGCCUAGGGUUCCUGUCCCCGGCAAACCGCGGGGCCCUGAUGACGUGUGCCGUGGUGCUGUGGGUUCUGCUGGGGACUCCAGCAGGUUACGUGGCUGCCAGAUUCUACAAGUCCUUUGGUGGUGAAAAAUGGAAAACAAAUGUUCUGCUGACAGCUUUCUUAUGCCCAGGGAUUGUGUUUGCGGACUUCUUUGUGAUGAACCUGAUUCUGUGGGGGGAGGGCUCAUCGGCAGCCAUGCCGUUCGGGACGCUGGUGGCCAUCUUGGCCUUGUGGUUCUGCAUCUCUGUGCCUCUCACCUUCAUAGGAGCCUACUUCGGCUUCAAAAAGAGCGGGAUCGAGCACCCGGUACGCACAAAUCAGAUCCCACGGCAGAUUCCGGAACAGUCCUUUUACACCAAGCCCUUCCCUGGGAUUGUUAUGGGAGGAAUCCUGCCUUUCGGCUGCAUCUUCAUCCAGCUCUUCUUCAUCCUCAACAGUAUCUGGUCCCACCAGAUGUAUUACAUGUUUGGAUUUCUCUUCUUGGUGUUUAUCAUCCUGGUGAUCACAUGCUCUGAGGCCACAAUCCUCCUGUGUUACUUCCACCUGUGUGCAGAGGACUAUCACUGGCAGUGGCGCUCCUUCCUGACCAGCGGCUUCACCGCCGCGUACUUCCUGGUGUACGCCAUACACUACUUCUUCUCCAAGCUCCAGAUCACCGGCCUGGCCAGCACCAUCCUGUACUUCGGCUACACGAUGAUCAUGGCUUUGAUCUUUUUCCUCUUCACAGGAACGAUUGGAUUCUUUGCCUGUUUUUGGUUUGUAACCAAGAUCUACAGUGUGGUGAAAGUGGACUGAUGGAACCUGCAACAGCAGACUGUACUUUUGCGAUCUGGAGCUCUUCAGGUGGAGGAAUGUACACUUUUCUGGACGUCCUGGCAUUGAUGUGAUUCAAUAAUUAAGAACAAGCGGAUCGAAGAAUCUCCAAACACAAUGCAUUCAUUUUUUCAAAUAUUCAAGAAGUAGUGCAAGGUACUACCAAGCAUAAAGGAAUUGCAUAUGAAAUGCCGUAUCAUAUUGAGCACUGCAAUUAGAAAUAAGUUGAACUAAACCUGGAGUGUGUAAAUAUGACUUGCAUUUUGCUAACGUGAAGUGUAAUUACCCCGCAACACUAUAGGUGUAGGUAGUUAACAUUUGAGUAUCUUUCAGACUUUAUGGUGACGUCAGUAUAACUGUAAAUAACUUUUCUAAUGCUGAAAAGGGGGCACGAUGUGAAAUGAAUUCAAUCAGUUUGUAGAAAGACUGAAGCUUUUAACAUGUUUACUUUCUGUCUGUGUGCUUCACAUGAGAAAUACUGUGUCAGCUUUGUUCCAUUUUUAUUUAACUUAUUUCUUCUUUCAUUUUUUGUGUGUAAUUUUUUUUUUGUUUUUGGCCUCUACACACUUUGUGCCU